UUGGGGUAGCACGCUUUGGCCAAAAUAAGUUGUUUAUCUGGAAAACAUAUAAUGUAAUUACAACAUAUUCAGCUAAAGAUGCGUGUCAUAACUAAUGUGCGACUUGGUCGAUUAGUYGGUAUGUCGAUCGYGGCAAUAUUGGUGUUGUUUGUUUUGAGUCAUUUCUUYUUUCGCUCGACAACCACCCAUAUUUUCAAUGGAGUCAGCCACAAAUUUCAUCAUUGGUUUCAGAAAACCGUCUUUGAUCACAACUGGGAGGAUAUWCACUGUCGCAGACGGUUCAAAAAUGAAACUCACGUAGACGAAAGCUGGGUUAUUGUAAUCAGUGACCAGCUUAACAUCAAAGGCAGUCACGCUGUGUUUGAUAGUAAUACUGGCUGUAACGAAUGGCUACGUUCACUAAGRAAGAAAUAYCCUAAAUUAGUCAUUGGAGGAGCACAUAAGGACUUCUAUGCUGUGGAAUACGCCAAACGAGUUUUCAACGAUACUCCAGAUACAUUUUACACUCUUUCUGAGGAUAAAACAUUGCUACUUUCUCAAGUCCCCUCACAUAUGUAUGACCAUGCAAUAAACUAUGCAGGACUGAGAGAAUUGCCAAAGGAUAUUCAAUGUAGCUUAGUGAGGGAGUUAUUGCGAAUUGUCAAACCAGGGGGCUCCAUAUAUAUAGGCCAUAACAUGGAGGAAACGGAUUGCAAAGUGCUGGAAAAGUAUUCAGGGUAUGUCACACUGCCGGGAUGCUAUUGGUCGAAAUGCCUUGAAAACCGUACAGAUAUUGCUGAUAUGUACUACAUUCGUGAAGAUGACUUGUACGGUCAUCACGCUGACAUUGACUCAUGCUAUACAGCUGUAUUUAUUCACAAAACGGUUGUAUUCAACCGCGUAAAAGAUGGUCCAGUCAAUAUCAAGGCUAAAUAUAAAGAACACAGCAAGAAGUACUACUGCAAACCCACGCCACAAGGAGGGAUMUUUGACUGGGCUAAACAGGAGUUACUGUCGGCUCAUGCAAUUGGACAUCCUAGGGAUAUUGCAAAUUCUCUGCGCAAGUUCAGAAAUGGUAGAAAAAGCAAGAAUUCAAGUACUCACAUUGAGCAUACCUCAUCAUAAUUACCAAAAAGAUUGUUGUAAAAUUCAAGAAAAUAUUCUCAAUUGUAUUGAAAGAAGUGAAAAAAGAAGAAGAUGCCUUUGUUAUGUUUUUGGGAAAUCCUYUUUGAAAAUAAUUUUUAAAACAAUUUUGUUUAUCAUAAAKAUUUACAUAAUGCAUUUUGAAUGCUUUUGAAACAAAAUCCAAAUGAUUAAUAUUGCCAAACAUGGUUUAUUUAAAGAUUGUUCAUGUAGACACUAAAACUGUGAAAAAAAAAACUAUUAAGUAGACGUUAUUUAGAUUUUAUUUCACAAAUAUAUUAAACGCACUCACAGUUAGUUUAGUUCAUCAGUAAUAAUAGUUGUACUAAGCUUAUCACAUAGUUAGAAAGGCAGGCAUUUUGAUAGGUUUUUUUUUUCACUAGAAAAACUGGCCUACAGGUUGCUAUAGACACCACUAUACAGGUUGUCAAGGGCAACUGUAAAAGUAACAUCAAUCCAAGACAAGUAAAUUUACAAUUAACUUAUGCAGUUGCACUUGACAACAUUAGUUAUAAUUUCAAAAUAUCACUCAAAAAGAUUUUGAUAUAAGCACAGUAAGUUUGGGYUUUUAAUGUUCAGAAAAACUAAGGCCAGUUGGUCAGCAAUGUGGAUUAAAGUUCUCCACUUGGUAAAGUUAUCCUUUUUAUAGAUUUUGUAUAGAAUUUAUCUGCUGAAUAAUUCUUAUCUGCUUGGCUUAGAGUAGUCUGUUUUGCAGACUUUUUGUUGGGWAAGACAAAAUGUAGUAAUUUAGCACAGUAAAUUUUGCAGUACAUUCCCUUCAUUUCAGUUUCAUACUAUCUUCAUUUUUCAUUCUUAAUAUCUAUGUAAUAAUAUGUAUUCAGUGAACUUUGUUCUUUCAUGAAAAAAUAAAGAUAUUUCUCCAA